AGAGAAGCGAAGUAUCGAUCAACACGUUAGAAAAUAACUUAUUAAUUGUGUAGGAUAAGCUAUAUUUCCUCGGAAGCUAUAUAUAUAUUUCCUUCACUACACUCAGCACUAAACUUCAAAAUGGCGUACUACAGGCAGCCUGCAGGUGUGGAUCAAAAUUUUCUUUUGGGAGUUUUUCAAAGCGUGGAUCGUGACAGGAGCGGCUCAAUAUCCGCAGUUGAACUUCAACAAGCUUUGUCAAAUGGUUCAUGGACUGCUUUUAACCCAGAAACAGUGAGGCUCAUGAUUGGAAUGUUUGAUCGAGAUAACAAUGGCACGAUAAAUUUCCAAGAAUUUGGAAGUCUUUGGACUUACAUAUCUGAUUGGCAGAAGACUUUUCGAACCUACGAUCGCGACAACUCCGGCAGCAUUGAUAGGAAUGAACUGCAAAGCGCUUUGACAAGUUUUGGAUAUCGUCUAUCUGACAGAUUUUACAGUAUUUUGUUGAGAAAGUUUGAUCGUAGCGGUCAAGGCGUCAUCAAAUUCGACGAUUUUAUUCAGUGUUGUGUUGUUAUCCAGAACCUCACGCAAGCGUUUCAGAACUAUGACACGAACAGAAAUGGAUGGAUUCAAAUCAACUACGAACAAUUCUUGAGUCUCGUGUUCACGAUGAGGGUAUAAUCAAGUUAACGAUAUCCUUUAUUAGAUUUUCCAACAUAAUCAUCGAUCUUAAUAAUUUAUCAAUUUUGUCCGUCUUCACGUGACGUCACCAAUUUUCGUGGAUUUUCAAUAGCUUUUUCCAACGAUUGUUUCCAACGUGAUUUCACACGUUAUAGCUACAUAGAAAAGUUUCAUUCUGCAUGGGGAAUCCAGCUUUGUAUACUUAAAUUAAUCUACCGCUACAAUUAACGAAGUGCAAACGUCAAUGUUAACAAUUUUUUUUGAUCACGCGAGCAAAAAAUAUAAAAUGGACGACAAAGUAUUUGCAUUCCAAAUUAUAUCCGUUUAUAAUUGUUGUA